UAUUCUCUAAAUAGGGAUUAUUUGGGGCUGGACCGCGCGAAGACAAGCUCAGUUGGGUUUGGCUUCGUUUCGGCUCGAGAAACCCUAGCAAACCCUCUCAUUUCUGAAUCUCCCAUCGGCGACCAAAGCUUUCGAUCCGGCUUCAGAUCUUCAGCAUGUCGAUGGAGGAAGAUGCUAAUGGGGGAAAGAAAGAGGAAGAGGAGUUCAACACGGGCCCACUCUCAGUUCUGAUGAUGAGUGUCAAAAAUAAUACCCAGGUGCUUAUUAAUUGCCGAAACAACAAGAAGUUGUUGGGUCGUGUGAGAGCCUUUGAUCGCCAUUGUAACAUGGUUCUAGAAAAUGUCAGGGAGAUGUGGACUGAGAUUCCUAAGACUGGUAAGGGCAAGAAGAAAGCACUCCCUGUGAACAAGGAUAGGUUUAUCAGCAAAAUGUUCCUUCGAGGGGACUCUGUCAUCAUUGUUCUUAGGAACCCUAAGUGAGCUUCAUGACUUCAUAAGCAUUUUGCUUGCCUGAUAUAUGACAUAGCGCUCAGUUUGCUUUACUACAAGUGAUGUUAACUUGGAAGUACCCUGUCAUUUAUUACCUCUGUUAUGACCCAGGUGGAAAAAAAUCAUGUUUUUGAGGCUUGGCUACUUUGUAACAUGACUUUUGCGACUUGUCUUUUUUAUGUAGUUUGGUUCAUGGUUUUAAUUAUAAUAUGAUGUUGAACUAGGAGCUGUAGUUUGCCGGAUCUUAACAUAAUUGCAUUCUGGUUACUACUUGAUUUCA